AUGAAGCAACACGAGGAUGAACGACUCCAAGCUUUCCUCACCCAGUUCAACCUUGUUAAAAGCAUGGUAAUGGAAUGUCAUUCAUCCAUAGCGGUCCAAGCGUUUAAACUUGCAAUGAACCGAGGGACACCGUUCCACACAAGCUUGGUGGUGAAUACGCCGAAGACCAUGGACGAGCUGAACAAGAGAGCUGACAGUUUUGUGCAUCUGGAAGAAGAAGAGGCAGCUAACGAGCCUAAGGAGACAAGUGGAGAUGCUGAUCGCAACGGGGGAAUUUGCAGGAUAUGUUCAAGGUCUGGCGUUCCUUAUGAAAAUCCAUUGGUCGUCAGUCUGACAAUUGCAGAAUACCUAGUACGAAGAGUUCUGAUUGACCCAGGAAGUAGUGCAAACGUCAUGCCCAGAUUAACGUUCGACCGCCUCAAGAUCGAACCCGAGAAACUUAAACCCACAGGAAAUCCAUUGCUAAGAUUUGAUGGGAAGCGGGUGGAGCCCAUUGGAAUGGUGGAAUUGAUAGUACAAGUUACUGAGAGAGUCUUGAGUGAGAGUUUUGUGGUCAUAGAAAUUCAUCCAUCCUACAACCUCUUGAUGGGAAGAGGGUGGAUUCACAGAGUUCAGGGUGUCCCAUCAACCCUACAUCAAGCGAUGCGAUACUUGGGUCCGGAUGGGACCAAGGUGAUUGACAUUCAUGAGGACCAGAUCGACUAUAAGAAGCCGAACCGAACAACGAGGGUGGGAUCCAGACUUACUGAAGAAGAAAAACUAGGGUUGAUUGACUUCUUGACUCGGAAUGCAUAUGUAUUCGCAUGGAGCCAUUCAGAUAUGCCAGGGAUUAGUCCUUCUGUGUCCUGUCAUUCCCUUAAUGUAGAUCCGAACGUAAAACCUAUGAAGCAAAAGCAGAGAAGAUUUGCUCUAGAACGCAAUCGAAUCAUAGUUGAGGAAAUUGAUCGGUUGCUCGAGGCAGGAUUCAUUAGAGAGGUUCAGUACCUAGCCUGGCUCUCCAAUGUCGUUGUUGUGCAGAAAAAGAAUGGGAAAUGGAGAGUAUGUAUUAACUUCACUAAUCUGAACAAAGCUUGCCCAAAUGAUAGUUUCUCAUUGCCACAGAUUGAUUAA